AGCGCCCCCAAUACUUCCUACAAGCAUGUCUCAUGGGAAGCACUUCACACUCUUCGGUCACAAGAAAGCUCCCAAUGGCUGGAGGGUGCCCAUUAUCCUGGAAGAGCUCGGCCUGACGUAUGAAACCGUCUACCUUGACUUCACGAAGGGCGAGCAGAAGGCGCAGGAGUAUACCAAGUACAACCCGAACGGACGCGUUCCCGCGAUCGUCGACCAUAAGAACAACGACGUGGUCUUGUGGGAGUCAGACGCAAUCAUAACUUACCUCGUCGACAACUACGACCCCGAGCACAAGAUAUCUGUCGCUGACCCAAUCGAGAAGUAUUACCAGCUCCAGUGGCUAUUCUUCCAGGCCUCCGGACAGGGCCCGCCGUUCGGUCAGGCGGCGUGGUAUGUCGUCUUCCACAACGAGAAGAUCCCUAGCAUCCAGGAGCGCUUCAGAAAUGAGAUCAAACGCGUGUUCAGUGUGCUCGAGAACGUAUUAUCAAAGCAGGAAUGGCUCGUCGGUGGGAAACCAACCGUCGCGGAUUUGUCCUUCAUCCCGUGGAAUAACUUUGUACUUCCCGGAGGAGUCCCCGGCGUCGAGAAGGAGCGCGCUGUCGUCAACUUUGACUUCGAGGCGGAAUAUCCUGCCACCGCUGCAUGGCACAAGAGGCUUAUAGAACGGCCGGCUGUGAAGAAAGUCUAUGCGCUUCGGGAGUCUUUGAAUGCGUAGAAUAAUUGUGAUAUUGAUAUUCAGAUUGUUGUAUUACUAGAAACAAGAACGGAUUAAAUG